GUUAAACGGCACCGUUUGGGUUAAUGGGUCUACUUAAUAAAUUAAUUAGGAGGAGUGAAUAAACAAAUUUUGAAUUUGCUCGGAAGCAUCAUCUAUCAAUGGAGGAGAGCGGCAACAAUGGCGGCGUGAGCGUUAUUUCUCGAGUGAAGCUCGAUCAGGUUGCCACAUGGGUUGUCUCCGCCUUCUUUACCUCUCUUGAACGCUGCGCUUGCCUCAAUCUCGACGACGAUGACUCCGAAGACGAGGCUAAGGAUCUUCCUCUCCAAGGAAUGGGUUUCUUCAUUGCUAUAUAAUAAAUCUGUUGAUGGUUUUGUAACGAAUAUAUUUUUAUUGAUGAUGAGAAAGGAACUUUGGAUGCUUUUGAUCCUAAUUAUCUGCAUUACGUCUUCUUCUCUGUGUUUCUUGAUCAAGAACUUAAAAAGCUUAGGCAUGUAUGUAUCUCCCAAAUCGUUUCUAGAUGAUAAUCUUGAAAUUCCAAAA